GGCGCGUGCCCACCAUAGCUCUUGCUCUACGCCUCCAGCAGGUGUGUCGCAUCGUCUGUUCUCCUCAUCCUCGGUGCUGUCGUAGACGAGGUGGACUGCAGUGGAAGAGCAGAAGCAGCAUGGGCACCACGCGAUCACGCAACCCAUUGGCCUUUCUGCCCAGCCAAGUCACCUUCUGGGCGUCGGCCAUCUACAUCGCCCUCUUCGCCCUCCUCCUCGUCGUGCACACCACCGUGCCCUCCGCUCCGAGCUCGCCCACGCCUGCUCCGGGCAUCGACAUCGAUCAAGCUUGGCUCGACCUGCGCGUGCUCUCGAGCAGCUACCACCCAUGGGGCUCACGAGCCAACGACGACGCACGCGACUUCCUUCUCGACAGGAUCAGCCACAUAUUGCAAGAAAAUGAGAUUGGACACAAGACUGUCUACGCGACCGAGCAUGGCUUUACAUCGCAGACGACAGAACCGCAGCUCGUGACUGUCUUUGCCAACGAUACGUCCAACUUCACGGCGCUCGACGACUGGACCCAUGCACCAGUAACGUUAUACGGCGAGAGCACGAACCUGAUUGUGUACAUUCGAGGCACGGAGGAUGAUGAAGGCGACUGGUGGAACAGCACGGAAAGCUACAGAGGACCAAGCGGUGUCCUAGUGAAUGCUCACUAUGACUCUGUCGCGAGUGGAUUCGGCGCCACUGAUGAUGGCGUUGGUGUGGUGACGGUCCUACAGCUCAUCUCGCAUUUCACCACGAAGGGCAACAGGCCACGGCGAGGCAUUGUCGCGCUGCUCAACAACGGCGAGGAGAAUGGGCUAUACGGAGCGAGGAACUACGUGAAUCAUCCGGUCGCCUCGUUCGCCCACACAUUCUUGAACUUGGAAGGCGCUGGCGCUGGUGGCAGAGCUAUUCUAUUCCGGAGCACAGAUGCGGAGGUCACGAAAGCCUACUCAAAAAGCCCGUAUCCUUUUGGUACGGUGGUCAGCGCUGAUGGCUUCAAGCGAGGCUUCAUUCGCAGCGGGACCGACUACAGUGUGUUUACGGAAGAGCUCAACCUUCGAGGCUUAGAUGUCGCCUUCUAUGAGCCUCGAGCUCGUUACCACACGGACCAAGACGGAGCUCGUGAUACCAACAAGGAUAGUGUCUGGCACAUGCUGAGCGCCGCCAUCGCGACACUGCGACAGUUGACUUCUGACCAGUCAGACGACUUUGACGGCGCUACUGAUUCGAGCGGCAGAGUCGAUUCAGGCAAAGGCAGCGACUCUUUCUACUUUGACUUGCUUGGUCGCGCCAUUGCCGUGGGCAAAUUGCACACGCUCUUCGCCCUGUCUGUUACCCUGCUCGUCGUAGGGCCGAUCAUCUUCAUUCUUCUCGAGGUAAUACUGCGCAAAAACGAUAAGUGGUACCUCUUGGCCGGCAAGCGUUACUUGCACUCUUCUGAUGACGACGAAUCGAUUCGACUUCACGGUCGCCGAGGCUUCUUCCGAUUCUUGUUUGCAUUCAUUGUGGCCACUGGCAUCACAGUCUUGCUAGCAUAUCUGCUAACAAAGGUCAACCCCUACAUCGCGUACUCUUCUGAAUAUGCCGUCUGGGCAACAUUCUUGUCUGCCUGGUCCGCGGUCGCCUGGCUGCUGUUGGCAGGAGCCGCCAACAUUAGACCCACAGCGCUACACCGCAUGUUCUGCCUUUUGUGGCUCUACAUACUAACCUGGAUCGCUUUAGUCUUCACCACGGUUGGCGAGCACCAAUUCCAGAUUGCAAGCGGCUAUUUUGUGGUGAUCUACAAUUUCUCUGCCCACCUGGCGCUCUUGAUCUCAUACCUGGAGCUCUUUGCCUUGCCGACCAAGCAGAAAUAUGUUGAGACUGCACUUGGCGCACAGGCUGAUUCGGGAUCUGUUCGUCCAGCCAGCAGGUCCUCGCGUAGGCUGCUCGAUAACGCAGGCGCCACCGAAGAUGCGGAAGAGCCGACCGAAAGAUCAUCUCUCCUGAGCCACUCAGACGACCGUGCCAACAAGCGUACUACUACCAUGUUCGGUCGCCGCAGAGCAGAUCGAGACGAGGUGCCAGAUGAUGUUGACGAGCCGCUACUCAACAAAGCGUAUCUGGACGAACAAGCCUGGUCGUCUUCUUUGCCCAGCUUCACCUGGAUCCUGCAAUUCCUGAUUCUUGUUCCAAUCAAUGUCAUCAUUGUUGGGCAAAUUGCACUGAUGAUCACAUCCGCAACGCACCAAACGCCAGCAGACGGUAAUGCGGUGCUACCAGUAUAUCUACUGAUGGCAGUACUCGGUGUUCUUCUGCUGCUACCACUCAGUCCAUUCUUGCAUCGUUUUACCUAUCACAUCCCGACGUUCCUCACCCUCGUCUUCACAGGAUGCUUGAUCUAUACACUACUUGCAUUCCCCUUCUCUCGAGAUGCGCGGAUGAAGUACUACUUUGUUCAGCAUAUGAAUUUGACCUCGGGAGAAAACAAUGUCACUCUUUCUGGGCUGGACGGCUACGUGCAGACUGUUGUGGCUGAAAUGCCAAGCGCAGCAGGGCAGCAUAUCUCGUGUGGCGAGGACGCAUCCCCAUUGGCAAAACGAAGAGGGCUUGUGAGUUGUUCGUGGCAUGGCCUUCAGCCCAACGUGGUACCCAAUGGAUACGGUGCUCUGCAAGCGUCGAAGAAAGGCAAUCACACGAAACAACUGAAACCUUAUCAGAAGUGGCUUGAUUUGAACGUUACACACGACGGCGAUAGCGCUCUCUUCAGCUUGAAAGGCCUGAACACGAGAAUCUGUCGACUGGAAUUCGAAAACGCAGUGAACGCCGUCGCCGUAGAAGGAGGCGCUACAUCCCCGUUACAGAGAGCUGUCGGGCCCGAAGGCAGCAAUCGUGUGACUUUGUUCAGUCGAGAUUGGGACAAGAACUUCAGAGUCAACGUGACAUGGCCGGUAGGCCCCGAAGUGAAGAAUGGUAAGAAAGAGAAGGACGGGGCGGCAACAGGCCAACGUGGGAGAGCGUGGUGCAGUUGGGCAGAUGCCAACACUAAUGGCGCUAUACCUGCAUAUGACGAGUUACACAGAUUCGAGCCAGUCUGGUCUGUGGCUACAAAAUCAGCUGACGGCUUGUUUGAGGGUUUCAAGGACUUUGUUAUCUAGUAGUUAAGCAUUAGCGACGAAGCAUGGCAUGCAGAGUGUUUGGGAGGCCCGCCAUCCGCGUAUCCGGUCAUCGAGGAUCGACCGAAUCCUUCCGUAGCUCAGCCGUUCUUUUGGACGAAUACUCAACGAACACCUUUCUGACC